AUGGUGGCGGGGAAGAGGUACUACGGGGACGAUGACGUGGCAGACAAAGAGGAGGCCAGGCGGUUCAUAGAGAUCAUGGAACAGGCAUUUGCGUAUACUGCGUUACCGAAGCCAGGAGAUGUUUUUCAUUGGAUUAAUAUUUUCUACGGAGGGUAUGAGAAGAAGGUGGUGAAGUUGGCGGAGAAGACAUGUGUUCUUGAUAUUGUUAUUAGCGGGUACCGAUACGUCAUCAGUCACAUUGGAAUGGGCAAUGCCAGAGUUGAAUUAGAUGCCCAAGUUGGCCAAGAAUGCUUAGUGAAUGAACAAGACAUCUCCAAACUACGUUGCAUACAAAGUAUCAUCUCCGAGACUCUCCGGUUGUAUCCACCGGUCCCACUACUAGUACCACAUUUUUCAUCCGGCGAUUGCACAAUUGGAGGAUUCGAAGUGUCACUUGGCACGACGGUGUUGGUAAAUGCAUGGGCCAUGCAAAGAGACCAUAAGUUGUGGGAUAAUCCGGAAAGCUUCAAUCCCGAGAGAUUUGAAAACGGUGAGGAUUUGUCGCACAAAUUCAUUCCGUUUGGAUUUGGAAGGAGGGCUUGCCCUCGAACGGGCAUGGCGCAACGUGUGGUGAGCUUGACUUUGGGGCCGUUGAUCCAAUGCUUUGACUGGGAGAGAGUCAACGAAAUAGUGGUUGACAUGGUUGAUACUAGAUGUAUGAAUUGA